AUGGCUAGUGUAACGCAUCUGAAGGGUGUUCGGACGAGAUUUAGAAAUAUUAUUGAGAAGAAUGUUCAAAUAUGCGCGAAUUUAUCUCAACGGGAUAUAGAAAUAGAAAGCGUGGAUGCUAGUAUCGCGGAAACAAAUAAAUGUAUACAAAAUCUUCAAGUGCACAAUGAAAAGUUAGAAAAGAAAAGUGACAAAUUGGCAACUGCUCUUGAAGAUACUGAUCCUGAAUUUGUGCUGCAGAUAACGAAUGACGAUAGUACAUUGUGUGCAUUGGCAGUUGAAUGUUGCAUAGACUUACAACUGCUUAAAGAGAAAUUUGUUUGUUACAAGGGAAAACAGCAAACAAAAGUAUUCAAUAGUGAAAAAAAAGAGCAACUACAUACUGAAGAACUUGUGCAGUUACAAAGAAAUAUGCAAAAGUUCAUGGAAAUGCAAAUAGAACAACAGGAAAGGUUCAUGGAAAGCCAAAAGCAAAAAGACAAAGUGUCUUCAAUUAAAUUACCAAAAUUGGAUUUAAUUUCCUUUUGUGGAGACAAAACAAAAUGGAUCGAGUUCUGGGAUUUGUUCAAGUGUUCAGUUCACGAAAAUAGAAGACUUUCCAACAGUGAAAAGUUCAAUUAUCUAAAGAGCAAGGUUUAUGGAGAGGCACAACGUGCAAUAUCAGGCUUAACAUUAUCCGAUGCUAAUUACGACAUAGCAAUUUAUAUUUUGACAAAACGCUUUGGAAAUGUGCAAGAAACUGUCGAUCUACAUUACAGUAAGUUAAUCAAUUUAACACAUGCAACUAACAAAACAGAUAGUUUAAGAAAUCUGCUUGAUACAGUAGAAAGACAUAUACGUAGCUUAGAAGUUCUGGAACAAAAUGUUAACCAAGAUGUGUUUGUGUCAAUGGUCAGAACCAAAAUACCAGAAAAUGUAUUAGUUUAG